AUGGACAUUAUUACUACCUCAAAUACAUUAAGUGUAGUUCCAUCUGAGUCAGAUAACAGCUUUUCGUUAUUAGAUUCAGCCACUUCAGUUAACAUGGAAAGUACUAUGGAACCACCGCCAUCUACUAGCGACAGCAGUAGCGUUGUUUACAAUGUCAUUUUUAAUGAAGAACCUAAUAAUGAGCUUAAGGAGGCAUAUGAAGUUUCUUCUCAACGUCAAAUGAGUUUCUGUGGCAAAUCAUAUUUAGAAAAUAAUUUAGCUUUGCACACUUAUAAUCUUGAUCUAAAACGUUAUUUAGAGCAGACUGUUCAUGGCCAAUACAUUUUACAAAUGUUUCAAAAGGAAAAAAAGUUAAAUAAAAAAUGCAGAGACCUACUAGUGGACAUUUUGAUAAAUGGUGCUAUACAGCAAGGGACGUCCCUAUUGCCUACUGAUUUCCAGUUGUUGUCAGAAAAGAUUUGUCAACUUUUUUCCAAUGAGAGUAAGGAUACCUACUACAUUCCAAGGGUAACACUGAAACGCACCCUCAAAAAUAAAGCAAUAAAUCCAAAAGGCAAACUUAUAGAUAAAUAUAGAAACUUAAAAAAAAAGCUUUGCAUUAAAGAUGGAAAAGAAAAUGAAUCUCAGAAAGCCUCAGCUGAUUUGACAAGUGACGUAACGGACAGUUUAGAAUGGCUCAAGAACUGGUCAGAACCAUGGGACCUUGUUUUAGGCCACUGGAAAAAGACAUUUCCACUAAGAAGAAUGAGUACAGUGGUAACUGUACAACAUUUCCUUGAAGAAUGGACAAUUUUAAAAAAUAAAAAAUCAUUCGAAUUGACUAAUUUUGUAGAUAGCAGAAGGUCUAUUGAACUUACCUUAUUAUCCACUCUAAUUCCACCCAGAGGAAGGAUUAAAGGUUGGAAACCGUCUAUUGUAGAAAGCACUGAGAGCAUAAUUAAUCAGUUAGUAUUUUCAUGCAGAAUUUUAGCUAAUAAAAACUUGUCAAGACACCUUGAAUAUGGUUCUGAAAAUAUUUCGUUUUCUAAUCUUUGCAAGGAGUACAUUUUUUUCUUGACCAGUUACGGACAAGAAGUGGCAGAAAAUUCAUUUGCAGCUAAAAAGUUCGAAACUGUUUCUUUAAAUACACAUUUACAUGCUUAUGAAAUACAAGAUAUGGACGAACUGUUUGUGUGCAAAUAUUUAGAACUUAAUAAUAUAAAACCUCUGUUUUUCCACACUGUUGCAAGUGCAAUAAAGAAAAAUCAGUUGAAGCAAGAUGAAUUAAAGAAAAAGCAGGAGCUGUUGGAUUUAAAGCUAGCUUUACAACUGGAAGAGAUAGGAGAUGAGUUUGAAAGCAAUGAAUUCGGAUCGUCCCUACAUGAGUCAGCUCGUUCUAACAUGGAGGAUUGGAUUGGAGAGGAUAUUCCCACAAAUUCAGACAAUUCUGAAGCUGUUACCGGUAUCAACUGCCAUAUAUCGACAAAUAAAAAUGUUUUACUAAAAAUUUUACCUGUGUACAUUUAUUAUAGUCUUAUAGAUCAAAAUUUAGCGACUACUCUUGGAAUAGUAGUAAGUUUUACCAUAGCAGGAAUUAACGAGAGUACUAGUUUUCAAUUAAGACACGUUCAAACAACUAGAUUGUCUUCACCCUCGCAGACAAUAGAUGUUGAUAAACUUAAAAACGGUUAUCCAAAUAUCAGUGAACCAUCAGCUUCAACCAUUGGCAAUUCUUCCGAUAAGGCAGAAUCGAUUCAGCGGUCUCCAAUACGUUUUCCUUCACGGAGUGUCCAAAUAUCAGAGGAACUAACUUUUCUAAACCCAAGAAAGGAAAAACUAAGGGAGAUCAACAAUGCCCUGAAAUUUGAAAACAAAGCGUUGAAAAGAAACAACCAGGUCCUUCUUAAUAAAUGUGACAAUCUCGAAAAAAAGCUUCAAGAAAAAUUGGAAGACACGAUCACUCUCGAGCAGUACAAAACUUGUAGGGAUUUGUCUUGUGAGAGGGACAUCAAUUUCAAUACCUUCUGCCUUAUAGGAAAAUCCACAGGAGUUGAUUCUUGGUGA